AGGAUGUCGACAUUAUCCAGUUUUUAAUGGAUUUGCUCCCGGGUGCCUUGGUGGACUGUGGAAGAUAUACGUUAUACAGUUAGGCUACCACCUUCCUUCUCUGCACUCUAUCUAGUUCGUCAGAAAAUUCAUUGACAGUCCGAUCCAGACGACAAAGAACACAAAGGCGUCAAGUCAACACUUUACAUUUCGCGUCCGCUUUUGCCGUUGAGAAAUGUCUUUUCACAGUUUCCGUAGUAGGGGUUUGGUUUGGCUUCCAUGGUGACGGCGGCGAAGCUGUGGAUGGACAACAAAAACAGGCCUGGUUCUGUUCGAAACGUAAACAAAGUAAAUUAAAAACGCUUAGAAUAUUUUUUAAAGAAACUACAGUAGUGAAAUUCACAGGCUCUGAGAAUCACAGAAGCGCACCGCAGUGAAAUACUGUCCAGCUGGCUCACAAAAGACCUUCUGCGUAGUGACGGAUUGACAGGGAAUACUGUAAAAGGUUUAGGGCUUACCAGCAAGAUCUGGCACCAUGUCCUUCAGAGACUUAAGAAAUUUUACAGAGAUGAUGAGGUCUCUGGGUUACCCCCGGCUCAUAUCCAUGGAGAAUUUUAGGACGCCAAACUUCUCCCUGGUAGCAGAGAUCCUGAUCUGGCUUGUCAAAAGGUACGAGCCACAGAUGGAAAUCCCCACUGAUGUGGACACAGAACAGGACCGCGUUUUCUUCAUCAAAGCAGUUGCUCAGUUCAUGGCUACAAAGGCACACAUUAAGCUCAACACAAAACGCCUGUACCAGGCUGACGGCUAUGCGGUGAAGGAGAUGCUGAAAAUCACUGCCUUGCUUUAUAAUGCUAUGAAGACCAAGGGAAUGGACAGUGGGGAUAAAGCAGAGGAGGAAACUAACAAGUUCAAGUUUGACCUUGGCUCUAAGAUAGCUGAUUUGAAGUCUGCGAGGCAGCUGGCAUCAGAGAUCACCUCUAAAGGAGCCACUCUGUAUGACUUGUUGGGGAAGGAGGUCGACCUGAGGGAAAUGAGGACAGCAGCCAUUGCAAGACCCCUUGAAAUAAACGAGACAGAAAAGGCCUUGAGAGCAGCUGUCAAGGAAGCGUUGGAGCACGUCCAGAAGACUAAGGACACGCUGGACAACGUGGCCUCAGACGAAGCCAACCUGGAGGCCAAGAUUGAGAAGAAGAAGCUGGAGCUGGAGAGGAACCAGAAACGUCUGCAGACCCUCCAGAGCGUCCGCCCAGCGUUUAUGGAUGAGUAUGAGAAGAUCGAGGAAGACCUUCAAAAGCAGUACGAGACGUUCGUAGACAAGUUUCGCAACCUGUGCUACCUGGAACAGCAGCUAGAGGAUUAUCACAGGGUGGAACAGGAGAGGUUUGAGGAGACUGAGAACACCCUCCGGCUGAUGCAGAACAAGCUAAGGGAGGAGGAGAAGAGACUGAUGAAGAGUGGGGGCAAGGAGGAUGAGUCGGACAUGGAGAUCCAGGAAGAUGAGGGAUCAGACAGUGACAUGGAGGACCAGAGACCAACCAAGCCCCGCCUCACCAGGGGCCUCCCCAUUCCAGGCAGAGCUGGUGCCCGCAUCGUGGGAACAAUGCAUGGAGGAGACAGUGAUGAGGAUGACUCUGAGGACAGCGAGAUUGACGUCGACGACGACGAUGAAGAUGAUGGGGAGGACGAUGAAGAGCUCAAGGACGCAGUGGACGAUCUGGACAGCGUGGACACCCCUCCGUCCAAACCCCGGGGGUCCCGCAAGCCCGAACCGCAGGAGGAGAGUGACAACGACUUCUGAACUCAACCCAUUCACACGCACACACAAACACACACACACACACACACACACACACACACACACACACACACACACACACACUCACACUCUCUCCAAAUCACAAACUCAUACUGGUCCUGUCUCAGUGCACACAGUCCUGGGUUUCAGAACUGCCCUGGUUUAUGUUCAUUAUUGAAAUGACCAGCUAGGUAGGUGCUAGGAAUGAGAGCAAUGAUUGUGCAAUAUUUAGGAAGCAUGGAUAGGACAUUGUGUAUGGGGAAUUUUCUAUUAGGGCCUGUUCAUGUAGCUAGGGCCCUGGCUCCUGUUAAUUUAAAUAAUAGACCUUAUUGAGGGGAUUUGUGAAUCCCAGCAGGACUAGAGUGAGUUUCCAACGCUCCCAUGGUGGUGCAGAGCUGUGUGUUUUUAAAACAGAGAAUUUAUUCCAGCCACCAUUACUUAAUAACUACAAACUGUCUUCCUGCAUCUGUAAGUUACUUUCUUUCCUGUCGACAUUAGAGAUUAAAAAGAAUCAAAUCGUGAAACCAUACUACUUUAAAUACAAACUUUUUUUUAUAUCCUUUAUUUAUUUAUAUUUUAAAUGAUAACUAUAACAUUUGCUUUUACAUAACACUGAUUAUUACAAAUACUUAAAGGCAUAAUAUGAUAUUUUGUACUUUACCGUUAAAUAAAAUAUAUAUUGAAAAAAACAAAAAAACACACACGUACAAAAGAGCAUAUCUCUUUAAAAAAAAAAUUAAAUUAAAAAAAAAGUGUAUUACAAAAAUGAACACUGACAAAAAAUAUAGAGAAGAUGCCCACCUUUUCUAUAUACAUGGUCAGAUACAGUAGAUAAGAGGUGCAGAUUGGUUUGAUUGUUAUGUUAACAUGUGAGAAGUUAAAUUCCUGGGGGGAAAAAUACCUUAUUGAUAUUAACAGUAACCAGUAUGCAAGCUCCAGUUAAGAAACUCUCAAUGGUAAGACAUUUAGCAAUACUAAAAGAAAUGAUAUUGUAUCUAACUUUUUGACAGCAUGAUGGUACAUUGUGCCAUUAUGAGUUUCACUUGGACCGAACAGAAGAGUUUCCCCCAAUCGAUUUAACAAGAAAAGUUAAUUUUACUGCACUGAAAAAAAAAGCUGGUUUUAAGAAGCAUGAAGGAAGCUGGAAUGAGAAGGGAUUUGUGUUGGUGAAUGCACAGAGUGAUUCUGCAUUACUUAAGAGUAUUUGAUUGACGUUCCAGAAGAUUGUGUAUGAUAUUUGUAUGCUUUCAGUAGAAGCAGUGGAAUGCUACCUGGAUGAACAAAAAAACGCAAUCUCUAUUAUAUAUAUAUUUUUUUCAGUCUAUCCAUUUACAAGUGGCUAAGGUCAUCUACACAGACAUUCAGGAAAUUAAUAAAAAACAAUAAUAAACCAAUCAAACAUCAAAUCUGACUUACAUUCAAAAACUAGGCAGAU